AUGAAGGCUAGUUAUCGUCCUUCUAUGGCCAUAGAAGUGAAAAGGCCGCCGCAAUAUAAAUAUGAAGUUUUAGACACAUUAAAGCACGAAAAAAAAAUAAGGCGCCCCGUUAAAUUCUUCAUCAGUAAAAAUGCUAGUAAAUUGAAUAUACCAAAAGAAGAAAUAAUGCCCGUGCGUAAAUUAAAACGAACAAAUGUUUUAUUACCAUUUAAAUUAUUUAUGAAAAAGCAAGACAGUAUUCGAUUUAAGAAACGUACUGCGAUCAGUAUAUAUGAUAAACAGAAAAUUUAUAGCAGCCGGCCUUUAGAAAACUUAUCCAAUAUUGAAUCUUUUGUGAAAAUAAACACCAUAACAGACACAGAUACAUAUUUCUACAAAUGUGCAAAUGGUCGUCCCAUAAAUUUUAAAGACCCUGUCUUCAAAUCUCUGAAACUUUUUUAUAAUGAUUAUAUAAGAAGAAAACAUGAGAUUGCAUACAAGAAAGAUUGCGUUUUAAAUAUUAAUAUCAAUAAAAGGAAUGAGGAACAUAUUUACGAUCGGAGUACACGACGAGUUAUAAGCCAGGUGAAUUAUUUUGACACAUAUAUAUCCGAAGAUUAUCGCAAUUCGAUGUCUCUUUUAACAAAAUGGGAACAACUAGAGCAAAAAGUUGACUUAAAAAUAAAUGAACUGUAUCAUUUAGCUAAUGAAAUGUUCAGCAUUAAGUCUCGUAUAAUAAGUUUAGAUUAUCAAUAUAGUCAGCAACAAAAGUAUGGCAGAUUUUUGUACUACUUAUCUCCUCCAACAUGGCGAUUAAAUAAUAGAGAGUUUGCAAGAUCGGUAGAAAUUGAAGCUAAAGGUUUUGACUAUGGUGAGUCCCACGAUGAAGAUACAUUUGCAAUAAUAUUUGACAAAUUACGUAGUAUUUGUUUCGGGCAGCCAAUAAAACCUGUACUGUAUUUCAAUUAUCCUCAAGAUCUUGUAGAAGUUUUCGAUACAAUGGAGUAUCAACAAUUACACUAUUUUACGCAUGUUACGCAUUUAACGCCAUACAUAGAAAAUUUAAAAGACAACCUACAAUGUCUUAGAGAUAUUAUUGAACAAGAUAGUGUGUCUAUCUUAAAUUCGGUGAAGACGUUUGAGACAAAUUUACAGUUUUAUGAAGCAAAGUGUUCACACUUAAAAUCAAAGUUUUUUAGAAUAUUAUUUGGAAUGUUUUACGAUUCAGUUGGUACGUUAGACGUCUUGAAACUAAGGCUACAUUUAGAGUUUUGUUUCGAGAAAGUUCUCUUAGAUAAACCAAUGAACAUGGGUAUAGUUUCGGUGGCUAAACAUCUUGAAAGUUUUUUUGUAGAUUACUCAUAUCGAUUGGAUAAUAUACACAGUGAAACAGUACGUCGAGCGGUGUCAAAAUAUCAACAGAUGGAAAACCAGAAAAUGAUAAAAGCUAAAAAAGCGUCUAAAGAGCUACGACUUUUCAACCGAUUGGAAACACAAUUACUUCGUGCUCAUGGCUUUGGAUGUCCUAAAACUUCAAGUUCUCAAAAAGUAAUUCGAGAGAAAAGAGUUUCUAAUAAUUGUAUACGAAGUAAAAUUAGCCCAAACUUGAGUGAUUUUAAGAAACAUGAGUCCUUGACAGCUGAUGAAAUAGAAUAUUUGGCGCUUUUUACUGACUGGACUGAGAACGAAGAUCCAGCUAAAUAUCUCCAACGCUUAAGUAGAUAA